UAUAAUAAUUAAUAAUUAAAAUAAAUAUUAUCAAAAUGAGUUUCAUGCAAGGAAUAAUUUUAGUGAUAUGUGUUGUGAUCAGUGCAACUUCCGCACAAAGUUCGUGUUACACACCGACAGGCUCUCGCGGUCAGUGUAUGAACAUGCAGGACUGCAAACCAAUAGUACAAUUAUUAAUUAAAUAUGGUCGUUCACCACCAGAUCAUGUAGACAAAUUCGUGAGAGACUCAAGAUGCUACGAUCGGGGCUUUGGCGGUGAUGUACGCGUAUGUUGUGCUUCCACCGAUAAUAGCAUUAGCUUCAGCGAACGACUAACAGAUUCAGGCGGCAUAAAUCAGAGAGGCCUAGAUCUUCUCGACUCGCUGAAGUGCGGUAUAAUGAGUAAUUUUCGUAUUGCCGGUGGUACACCAGUAGCGUUGGGUGAUUUCCCUUGGAUGGCACUGUUACGUUAUGAGGCAAACACGAAGCCAUUCAAAUGUGGUGGUUCUUUAAUAACUCAUCGUCAUGUCAUAACUGCAGCUCAUUGUGUUGUUAAGCACCAAUUUAAUAUAGUCGGAGUACGUUUAGGUGAACAUGAUAUAAACACAGAUCCAGAUUGUGGACGAAAAGGCAAAAGAUAUGUAUGCAUGCCACCUUCGGAAAAUUAUGGAAUUGAAAAAAUUACCGCACAUCCAGAUUACGAUAGCAACACAUAUUUAAAUGAUUUGGCCAUCAUUACUUUAGAUCGUACAGUUAACUUCAACAAACAUAUCAAACCAAUUUGUUUACCCAUAACUCCAAGUUCAUUAGUAAUUGCAAGAGAUCAGGAAUACUUUAUUGCUGGUUGGGGUACUACAGAAAAUGGCACAACAUCUCCAAUACCAUUGAAAGCGAAAGUUCCUCACCGUGAUAAUGAUUACUGUACACAAACUUACAGAGGCUUAGAGAUUGCAAGGCAACAAAUUUGCGUUGGUGGCGGCAGUAAUAUUGAAACAUGCACUGGUGAUUCUGGUGGCCCAUUGUUCUUUACUGCAACCUACAGAGGUACAACAAGUCGAUAUGUACAAUAUGGAGUUGUGUCACUAGGCGGUGGUGGUUGCGGUCGUGUUACGUAUCCUGGUAUUUAUACAAACUUGAAAGAAUUCAUUCCAUGGAUUACAAAUGUCAUCGCCUAAACUACAAAAAAAUGACGCUUACAUUUUAAUAUAAAUUUAGUCAACAAA